AUGGGCCCCAGGGAUGCAGCCGCGACAGGACAGGCAGUCUGGUCCACGGACACCAUCACGACAAUGGUGACAGUAAAUCACGAUCCCUCGUGCUCUCUGCGCCAGCUCUGUGCUCACAGCUCCACUCCUGCAGUGCCCAUCCAGGGGACGCCGGGCAACACCCAGAGACCUUUCUGGUUGCCACACCUGGGUGAGGCACCCCCGGCCUCUGCUAAUUGGACCAGGGCUGAAAACUUAACUCAGGCCACACCGACUGGGCUUGGAUUUGACCCGAGAGACCCUGGCCAGUCCCUACUGGUGGCUAGCCACGGCAGACAGACUCUGCUCACCAUCCAUAGGGCAGUGAACAUGACCAAGGCCACAGUCAGCUACCGCCAGGAGAAGACCCACAUGAUGAGCACCAUGGACCGGAGCUUCACGGACCAGACCACCCUGCAGGAGAAUGAGCGGCUGGGCCUCUCCUUCUUGGACGCCCAGGGCUACAGCCUCUGGGGGACAACAACUGAUGCAGAAAAUGAUGAUGCAGAAGAAAAGGGAAAGUGUGGGAUUUAUGAUUCCUUUACCUUGCAGCCCUUCUUUCUCAUUGAUAAGCUGAAUGCAGAGAGCAUUGGUAGAAAGUGUGAGUAA